AUGUUAGCAACGAAAAGCUUGAUGUCAGCUCGAACGAUAUCAAGACAUAACACUGACAUCGGUUUGACUUCAGUUUUAUUUGAAAUUCAAAUUACUCAGAGAACAAACUUCUUUGAUUUUCAUGAAGAUAGCUGUCUUCUAUUUCCUAUAGGAAGCACAUUUCGUAUUUCUUCUGUUGAUCAAGGACCAGAUGGUGUAUGGUAUGUGAAAAUGAAUUAUUCAAGCGAGCCAGAUUUGGAAAUAGUUAUACAACAAUUGCAAUACGAAGUAAAAGAGCCGUUAAAUUGGCUCACAUUUGGUCAUUUUCUACGCUGUCUUAAACUUGUAGAUGAAGCAAAAGAAUAUUACAGUUUUUGGUUGCGCACUCUCGCGGAGGAUCAUCCUGAUAUAUUCUCUAUCCAUCAUCAUUUUGGCUUAUUGUAUGCUGAAAUCAAAGAAGUUUCAAAAGCACUCCAUCAUAUGAACAAAGUUGUGCAAUGUCCCCAAUCCAUUAUCAAAAAAGUUGCACCCCAUGAGCAAUACUUUGCUGAAAUUCAAGAAUCAUAUCGAUCCUCUAUCAAUCAAAGCUUAAUCUUUGGAACUAUUGCUGAUUUGCAUUACCAGAUCGGAGAACAUAAAAAAGCUCUUGAUUUCUAUGCGAAAGCUCUCGUAACAACUACUGAUCAGCGAUGUCGUCGGCAAUUCGAAUAUAAAUACAAUAUUGAAUCUUAUCCACAACGCCCAUCAUCAACUGAAUUAGAUGCCGUUGUUUCACAAACGAUUGAUGAAUAUAAAAAAAGCAGAUUAAUUCCACCUCUUGGUGUUCUGAAUUCGUCAUUGAAACAAAACUCUAUUCGGCAAUUAUCUAAUGAAUCACUAAGAUUUAUUCAAUUUCAAACUCUUGUCGAAAUCUUGCUUCGCAUGCAUCAUGAUGAGAACAGUUCUAAAGACGAUAUGUUAUCGACCUGUCGCGAAUACUAUGCAGACAACAUCGUUGAAUUAGCUAAAAUAAAAGAUUUUCAAGAUAGUUACACUGCAAGAAAUGUUAUUGCUUAUUAUACUGAUGACAGUUUUUGUUUUCGGAUGGUAAACAGGGCAUUUCGUAGUGAAGAUAUUGAGCACAUUUUCGUUUAUCGACUGUUUAUCACAGAUUUACAUAAAGAGUUGGCUAGAAGAACUGAUGAAAAACAGAAAAUAGAGGAAGAUUUUAUUGUUUAUCGUGGUAAAAAACUACCAAACACAAUUUUACAGCAGUUAAAAGACAAUGUUCAUGGUUUAAUUUCAAUGAAUGGUUUUCUUUCCACUACAAAAAACAAGAAAGCAGCUAAAGCAUUUUCUGGAGAUGAUGUUAUGCGCGACAAUCAUGAAAGCGUCAUAUUUGAACUUCAUAUAAAAAAGCCUCACAAUUACACUGGGAAGCCGUUCGCUGAUAUUUCUCCAAGCAACAACGAAAUGAAUGAAGAACAGGAGGUUCUUUUCUCCGUAGGCACAGUCUGGCGCAUCGAAAAUGUUUCCGGAAGAGAUCAUCUAUGGAAUAUCAAGUUGACUAGCUGUUCUGACCUUGACAAUGAUUUACAUCGGUAUCUAACUAGUUUAAGUGAUGGGUAUACUUUCUUGUCCAUCGGUAAUUUAUUACAAGAGUUAGGGGAAAAUGCCAAAGCCGAGAAAUUCUAUCGUUAUAUGCUAAAAAAUGAACCAAAUCUUACAGACGAGGAGAAAGGUUUUCUACACUUCCAUAUUGGCAUAUUACGUGCAAAGAAAGAAGAUCACUACGGUGCAAUAGAUGUCUUGAAUGCAGCGAUUCCAUACUUUUCUUCACCUAUUAUCACAUCUGAAAAAGCAUCCUGUUUAACAACCUUAAUAGCUAAUACAAGUAUCUCAAAGCAUCUCUUUGAUAUUUAUUACAAUAUUGGUAUAGCCUGUCGACGUACGAGUAAUCGAAAAGAAGCAAAGGAAGCUUGGGAACGUGCUUUAAUCCAAGAAGGAUCACUAGAGGAUAAAGCCAAAGUAAACAGGUGUCUAGGAGAAUUGGCUCAUAUUUGUGGUAAUCUUAAAGAAGCUGCAGAAUAUCAUAAAAUCGCUUCUGAGUCGAUUAUGGAAAGUUCAGUGAAUGAAGAAGUAAAACAUGACUACAAACGUUGUUACGAUGAAGCCAUACAGUUGUCGAAUAAGAUGGACGAGAGAUUAAAAUGGAAACGGCAGCGCACCAGAAAUGAAAAUGAAACACCUAAAUGA